AUGGCUGAAAAGUGGGAUGAAGAAGACGACAGCAGCACGCCUCCGUCCUCACCCCCGGCAGCUGCUACCAUUCCGAGACGUAGCAAAUUUGACGACGAGGAGGCCGAGGACAGCGACGUUCUAGACAGUUGGUCUGCCGCAGAGGAUUCGGAAGUCGAGCGCGAGAAGGCCAAGGUUGUUGCAGAACGAAAGGCCAAGGCUGAGGCUGAGGAGAAGGCAAACAAGAAAUCCAAGGCUCAACGCCUCGCAGAGAAGCAAGCCGAGCGCGCCCGCAGACUGGCAGAGGAGAGCGACGAGAGCAGCGAAGAGGAUGAGAAGACUCGAAGAGAGCGUCUGCGAAGGACGGAGCAGGAUUCUGAUCUGAAGCACGCUGAGGAUCUGUUUGGCAAUAUUGGCAUCAGCAACAACCGGAAAGUGACUACCGCAGCGAACGCUGUCGUAAUCGACGCCAAGGACCCCGCUGCUACCGUCGACCUUACUGCCCUCCCCCUUUUCGACCCAAAGACAAAGCUCCAGUUCGAGAAGAUGCGCGAUACCCUCGUUCCCCUCAUCGGAGGCAACAACAAGAAGGCACAUUAUACACUCUUCCUGCAAGACUUUGCAAAGCAGUUGGCCAAGGACCUUCCUAGCGACCAGAUCAAGAAAAUUGCUAGCACUUUGACUGCCCUGGGUAAUGAGAAGAUGAAGGAGGAGAAGCUCGCCGAGAAAGGAGGCAAGAAGAGCAAGGCUCAGAAGACAAAGGCUACCUUGGUUGCCACUAGGAACGUCGCUACUGGAGCCGACACAAAUGCGUAUGAUGAUGAUUAUGGAGAUGACGAUUUUAUGUGA